AGAGUCGCGCAGACAAUGUCGUUCUUCGAGCUCUUCCCGAGCUUCGAGCCCGACCCCAGGGCCUCUAUCAAAAAGGAGUUCGACCGCCUAGCCAAACAGCAGAACUGGCCCAAGGAGGUGGCUGAGCGUUUCCGCGCCGUUUGUUAUGAAGAUGAAUUGGCCGACUUCUCUGUUGCCCAGGGCCUCACUACACCCCUGAAGAAGCUGCAGAUGUUGUGCGCAGAGCUCUGUGUGGAGGAUAUUCCCCCUUCCAUCAACAAGUGCAAAGAGACCCUCAACAAAGUCAAGGUCAACUUGGUCGACUUAAUGAAUGCUCGUCGUCAGGGCAAGCAAGUUCGCAUCUUCGAGUCGUACAAGACUCUCAGCAAGUACACCAGAAAGAAGAAGAUGUACUGCCCCAAGCAAGCUGCCAAGUCUGAAGGCAUCCGUGUUCUUCUCAAGCGCAUGGGCUCCAACUGA